UCUAUUCUCCCUUUUUUAGAGCAACACGUAAACACAAUGGGACAAAUACUGCUGUUACUGAUGCUUUCCAUUCCCUCAUUAUGUCUCACUGAUGGAGCUGAAACAGAACAAGAUUUCACCUGGCACUUGAAAAAGGUACCCCAGAUCGUGAGUGAAAGGACUUUUCCCCUUGACAGCCCUAAAUUUGAGGCAAAUGCCAAAUUAGAGCUGAGUAAUGUUUGCGGAAUUGAAUGUCAAAGGAAACUCCCAGGGCCAAGCUUGUCUGAGCUGAAGGAAUUUCUCUCCUAUGAGACUGUUUUUGAGAAUGGCACACGGAUCCUGACUCAUGUGAAUGUUGUAGGGCUAGCAGUCGACAUGGCCAAGAACAUUACCACAAGAACCUUCUCAAGAAGAAAGAGGCAGAUAUACGGCACAGACAGUAGAUUCAGCAUUUCUGACAAGCGGUUUAUGACCAACUUCCCUUUCAGCACAGCGGUGAAGAUUUCCACAGGCUGCAGUGGCAUUCUUAUUUCCCCCAAGCAUGUUCUAACAGCUGCUCACUGUAUUCAUAAUGGCAAAGAUUACAUCAAGGGCAGCAAAAAGCUGAGAGUGGGAUUGCUGAAGAUGAGAUCUAAAGGUGAUGGCAAGAAACGCAGAGGUGCUCAAAGGAGUAAAAGAGAUAUGUCGGUAGCAAGAGAGCAGACUGGGAGUGCCACAGAAUUGAAGAAGAGAUCCAAAGGACGUGGAAGAAAGCAAAAGGCAACAGGGAGGAGUCAGAGAACUCCAGAUAGUAAACCUUCCUUCCAGUGGACCAGAGUAAAGAGUACCCAGAUCCCAAAAGGCUGGUUUGAAAGUGUAACUGGGGAUGUUUCCCUGGAUUAUGAUUAUGCUGUCCUUGAGCUCAAGCGUCCCCAGAAAAAAAAAUAUAUGGAGCUGGGAAUUAGUCCAACAAUCAGAAAGAUGCCUGGUAGCAUGAUCCAUUUUUCUGGUUUUGACAAUGAUAGAUCUGGGCAGUUGGUCUAUCGAUUUUGUAGCGUGUCUGAUGAAUCCAGUGAUCUCUUUUACCAGUACUGUGAUGCUGAGCCUGGCUCUGUUGGAUCUGGAGUCUAUCUCCGCCUUAAAGAACCAAACAAGAAGAAAUGGAAACGCAAGAUCAUUGCUGUUUAUUCAGGUCAUCAGUGGGUGGAUGUCAAUGGUGUGCAGCAGGAUUAUAAUGUAGCCGUACGAAUUACUCCUCUCAAAUACGCCCAGAUUUGUUUCUGGAUACAUGGGAAUGAUGAGAAUUGUACACAAGGCUGAUAAAAGCUUAAACUAGAUCAUCUAGCACCAACAAUAGAGUUAAAAACUUGCCCCAAUAGUUAUUGGAUAAGCAUUACCCCAUAUCAGGAAUUACUUGAAUUUGAAGCCUGCAAUAUUUUGAUGCAUUGCGUAUUGCUAUUCUUAGAGGGUUAGUAGAAUUUUAAAAUUAAUUUUUAAUUAUAUAAUAAUCAAACCAUGACAUGCACUUAUAAUCCAAAACUGUAUUUAUGUUCAAAAUUUUGAAAAAUUCAAAUGGUUUGCAUUAGAAAAAUUGUGACUUUACUGGUUUAAUUUUUUUUAAAGGGAAGUAUUGAAACUUCUCAAUUUGGUACUAUUAAACAAGGUGUAGGUUUUUUAAACUACAGUUGACUUGUUCUUCUCAGGGUUCUGCUCCAACAUUUAUCUUCUAGUAUACAAGUUACAUGUGUUAUUAAAAAACAUGUACAGAAUUAUACAAAUUGUGAAAAAUUGGGGUAAGACCAAACAAAGUAAGGUUAGUUUACUCUACAGAGCAUGUGUACUCUGAGAGAUGGCUUUCUAGUUCAUAUUUGUCAGCUUGGAAAUUUUUUUGG